AUGGUGAGGGAUGUGCAGCUACUUGAGGUGUUCUCUGUGCCAGGGGAGGUUCUUCGACGGCCGCCUUUCGUAUUCGGGCUGAGGGAAGUACUGCCUCCUUUAGUCGCGCCCAGAGCAGGAAAGUUCUUCACUGGCGGAGAAAGUGGCAUAGCGGUGGACACCGAUGCUGUACUCGCACGUCUGUUUAUCCAAGCAUUCAAGGGCCUCCUUGUCCUGCUCGUGACCUCGUGCCGCUGGCCUUUUAAAUGCGCCAUGGGAGGGGCGUCCAGCUGCCAAAGCCUUCGACAUGCUGGUAGAUGUCAGCUGGAGGAGCCCGAAGAUUUGUUUUACUUUUCAUUUUAUCAAUUUUUUUCCCUCCUUUUUCUAAUCUUUUCUCAGAUCAGGUUGGUAGUUCUGGAGGGCUCUCGGGCUCUUUUGGAAGCUGGACGUCAGUGUGGAUACUUGACAGAAGUUUUGACCGCACCACCUUCUGAAUCCAUGCCAUCACACGAGUGCCGGCUAGCUGCGUUAUGUGACAUGGCCAAGCAGCUCCCGUUAACAGACGAGUCUCUGAUGGCACCAGUGCAGAUGUUGAACAGAGAUGGUCUGGACCCAUCGCUGGAUCUGUUCUCAUACAUCACUGAAAACCCAUUCGACUGCACUUAUGAGGUCACGCUGAUGAAGGAAAAGUAUCUUUUGCCGCCCCGCAGCCGGUUCCUGUUGUCUGACAUCACGCGUAUGCAUCCACUUGUCAACAGUGGAGACAAAUUUGACCUUAUAGUCCUUGAUCCACCAUGGGAGAACAAAUCUGUCAAAAGAAGCAACAGAUACAGCUCUCUGCCCUCGUCUCAGCUCAAGCAGCUUCCUGUGCCGGCACUGGCUGCUCCAGAAUGCUUGGUGGUUACGUGGGUAACUAACCGGGCGAAGCACCUGCGUUUCAUCAAAGAAGAGCUCUACCCGUACUGGGCGGUUGAAGUGCUGGCAGAGUGGCUGUGGGUGAAGGUGACCCAAACAGGAGAGUUUGUGUUUCCUCUGGACUCACCGCACAAGAAGCCUUAUGAAGUGCUGGUGCUCGGCAGGCAUCGGUCUGGCACUGACCGCGCAGUCAGGUCUUCAGCGGCGGAGGAGCUUCCAGAGCAGCGGCUCCUAAUCAGCGUCCCAUCAGUCCUGCACUCCCAGAAGCCUUCAUUAUCAGCUGUGUUAAAGCCCUACAUUAGCCCCGAGCCCAAGUGUUUAGAGCUGUUUGCCCGAAGUCUCCAGCGCGACUGGACCAGCUGGGGAAACGAAGUCAUCAAGUUCCAGCACAGCAGCUAUUUCACCAGAGAGAGAGCCGAGGAGCCGUCCAUGACAUCUGAGACAGUGAUUAUACAGUAGCGCACGCUUUCAGUGUAUAUUUCUAAAUGGCUAUCAGCUUUCAGUUCCCUUCCUUCUGAGGAUAUUGUAUGAUUUUAAUAAGUAAGAUGCAGUACAGUUGUGUCUUCAUCAGAACAGUGUAUUUUAAUACCAGACAGAAACAAUUAGACUUCCAGAUUUAUCUGUUUUUUGGAAACAUUUUUAGUGUGUGUCAGAAAUGUUGUUACUCUGUAUUGUCAGUUCAUUCUCUGAUCAUUUUUGAGGAUAAUUUGUAAGUUUUUGACCAAUGCAUCUGCACUUUGGACACGAACAGUUUGACUUUUAUUGUGUCAUGUUGGUUGCAAAGAAUUCGUAUUAAAACGUUCACUUUAAAACCUCUUUUACAUGUGAUAUAUGCUGAUAUUUGCUAGUAAAAUGUAUAUGA